AUGAUAGACUCGAAGCAGCAAAAAAAUGAUUCUGCACCUUUUGAUACAAACCAAGAAUACCCAAGGAAAAAGAAUGAUACUAAGCCUGUAAGGACAAUAAUGUUAAUUGGUAGGACUGGUGGUGGGAAGUCUGCUUUGGCUAAUGUGAUAGCUGGGACUGAUGAUUUUAGCGAAGGUUCAGGUUGUACUAGUGGAACUAGAAAUUAUCAAAUUAUAGAAAGAUUAAUUGAAGGAACAUCGUAUAGAAUAGUUGAUACUAUUGGAAUUGGUGAUACAAACUUUACAGAACAGCAAGUUUUAUUUAAUUUAGCAGAGGCAGCUGAUUCUAUUAAAUAUGGAUUGAGUCAAAUUUUAUUUGUUAUAAAUGGACGUUUCACGGAAACAGAAAUCCAAGCUUAUGAUUUAUUAAGGGCUGUUAUUUUUGAUAAAGACGUGGUUAAAUAUACUACUAUUGUAAGAACCUGUUUUCCUGAAUUUAACAAUAGCGAUAAGUGUAAAAAAGAUCAUAAGAAUAUGAUUAAAGAGAAUGGCAAUCUUUCCGAAAUAGUCCAAAAAUGCAAGACGGUUAUUCAUGUGGAUAAUCCACAAUUGGUUGGUUAUUAUAAAGAUAUAGCCGAAAUGUCUAGAGCAGAUUCGCGAGAAAAAAUAUUAGAUCAUCUAAGUGAUUGCAAUGAAAUUUAUUUUCCAAAAAAUCUUGUAGGAAUAAAUGAUAAAAUUGGGAACUAUAUGACUGAAAAAGAAAAAUUACAAAAAGAAGUUGAAAUUCUCAAAAAAAAAGUGGACGAAAAGACUGAAGAGAAAAAACAUUUGGAAAAAGACUUAGGAAAAGCACAAGAAAAAAUUAAAAAUUUAAAUGAAAAAAUUGCUGAAUUGACAGCUCGAUUUAUCCCCAAAAAAUUUAAAAAGUUUCCAGUCCAUGCGAAUAAUUUAAAAGAAUUUAAAGCUGCAUUGAAAGAAGAUGAGGAUAAAGUUCCUCAAAAACUUAAAUACUAG